CCUUUCUUUAGGCUCCUGAACCUGCGCAGGCUGGGUCUGAGCGACAAUGAAAUCCAGAGACUUCCCCCUGAGGUUGCCAACUUCAUGCAGCUGGUGGAACUGGACAUCUCCCGUAAUGACAUCCCAGAAAUUCCUGAAAGCAUCAAAUUCUGCAAAUCCUUGGAAAUCGCAGACUUCAGUGGGAAUCCUCUCUCCAGGCUGCCCGAGGGAUUCACACAGCUUCGGAGCCUGGGCCAUUUGGCCUUGAAUGACGUGUCCCUGCAGAGCCUCCCCAAUGACAUUGGGAAUUUGGCAAACCUGGUGACUUUGGAGCUACGUGAGAACCUGCUAAAGACUCUCCCCACUUCACUCUCCUUCCUUGUCAAGUUAGAACAGUUGGAUCUUGGUGGCAAUGACCUGGAAAUACUGCCAGACACGCUGGGAGCGCUGCCAAACCUGCGCGAGCUUUGGCUGGACCGGAACCAGCUCUCAGCCCUGCCUCCAGAGCUGGGCAAUCUCCGCCGCUUGGUCUGUCUGGAUGUGUCCGAGAACAAGCUGGAGCAGUUGCCCAAUGAGGUCAGCGGGCUGGUAGCACUGACGGACUUGCUCCUGUCACAGAACCUGUUGGAAUGCAUUCCAGAUGGGAUUGGUCAGCUGAAGCAGCUCUCCAUCCUCAAGGUGGACCAGAACCGGUUGACAGAGGUGACAGAGUCAAUUGGGGACUGUGAAAAUCUGUCAGAACUCAUCUUGACAGAGAACAUGCUGACAGCCUUACCGAAGUCCCUGGGCAAGCUGGCCAAGCUGACGAACCUGAACGUGGAUCGGAACCGGCUGACGUCACUGCCGGCCGAGAUCGGGGGCUGCGCCAGCCUGAACGUGCUGUCCCUGCGCGACAACCGCCUGGCCCUCCUGCCCCCCGAGCUCGCCAGCACCACCGAGCUCCACGUCCUGGAUGUGGCUGGGAACAGACUGCAGAACCUGCCAUUUGCUUUGACAAAUCUGAACCUGAAAGCCCUGUGGCUGGCAGAAAAUCAGUCCCAGCCCAUGCUGAAAUUCCAAACCGAAGAUGAUGAAAAGACAGGAGAAAAAGUUCUCACUUGUUACCUGCUUCCCCAGCAGCCCUCUCCAAGCCUAGAGAAUCUUCUGCAGAACAGUGUGGACGAGAGCUGGACGGACACCAACCUCAACAGGGUCAGUGUGAUUCAGUUCCUGGAUGAACCCAAAGUAGAUGAUGAAGAGGAGUCUGGAGCUGAGAGACGGGGCUUGCAGCGCAGGGCGACCCCCCACCCCAGCGAGCUGAAGGUCAUGAAGAAGGUGAUUGAAGUCCGGCGCGGUGAGGUGCACGCUGCGAAGCCUGACCCGGAGCUGAGCUCGCCCAACUCCCAGGAGAAGAGGCUGAGCGCCAUGUCGAACCGCAGCGAGGACUCCCACCUUUCCAACAGCACUGCCUCUGCUGACGUGAGGGCAGAGGAGCAGCGGGAGGAGGGGCAGAGGAGCUGGCCAAACGGGCAACAUAAGGAAGCUGCCAACCAGGAAGAAGAAGAUGUGGAACCGACUGUACACUUUGCUGAGGACACGCUAAUACGGAGUGAGGAUGAGGAUGAAGAUGAAGAGCGACCAUUCCCAGUGGAGAAGCAGAGGCUUAUCCGCAAGGACACACCCCAUUAUAAGAAACACUUUAAGAUAACAAAACUGCCCAAGCCAGAGGCAGUGGUGGCCCUCCUGCAGGGGCUGAACAGCGAUGGAGUCCCCAAGGAGGAAGAGGAGUUAGGAGGCUGCAAUAACAAUGCUGAGGCCGAGGAUCAGGAGGAAGCAUGGGAUGAGGAUGACAGAAAGAAUGGAGCUUUAUCUGCUCAGCCGUCAGUGAAG